AUGGAUUACGACCCAAUUCGACCGGUGCGAUACCCAACAAGAGUGCUGGAGUAUUGCCGCCUUUGGCCAGAGAAAGGAUCAGUUUUAAGACCGGAUUGGAUUAACUGGCAAGGAUACCUUCUGCACGUCAUCGUCACCUUGAUUUUUGUGAUCCUGCUGUGGGUGGAGGCCAUUCUGAGCAAGGAUCUCGAGCACACCGCCGAAAUCCUGCUGUUUUGUUUAACCACAACCGCUUUGGUGGCUAAGAUUUUAAAUAAUUGGAAGAACGCCCAUGUGGCUCAGAAUCUUUUAAAUGAAUGGAGCACAUUGGAUCUCUUUAAACUGAAAACCAAACAGGAAGUGGACAUGUGGAAGUUCGAACAUCGACGUUAUAGCCGCGUUUUCGUUUUCUAUGUAAUGUGUAGUGCGGGUGUCAUACCAUUUAUUUUGAUCCAACCUCUGUUCGAUGUUCCCAAUGAAUUGCCAUUUGCCAUUUGGACACCCUUUAAUUGGCAUCAGAAGAGUCUUUUUUGGUAUCCAUUUAUCUAUGAAGCUAUAGCUAUUCCGAUUCUCUGUGCCUGCAAUAUAACCAUGGAUGGUGUUAACUGGUAUAUGAUGUUGCAUCUAUCGCUCUGUUUGCGAAUGUUGGGCAAACGAUUGAGUAAGCUUCAUCAUGAUGAUAUAAAGUUAAAAGAUAGGUUCCUGGAAUUGGUGCUUUUGCAUCAGAAACUCAAACGACAGGCUUUGGACAUUGAGAACUUCAUUUCAAAGAGCAUUUUCACCCAGAUUUUAGUCAGUUCCUUGACCAUUUGCUUUACCAUUUACAGCAUUCAAAUGAGUCCUAUAAUGCAGGAUCUGCCAGGAUUCGCAGCCAUGAUGCAGUAUUUGCUGUCCAUGGUCAUGCAAAUCAUGUUGCCCAGCAUUUAUGGAAAUGCAGUUAUCGAUUCGGCAAAUAUGUUGACCAAUUCGAUGUACAAUUCCGAUUGGCCCGAUAUGUCGCCUCAAAUGCGUCGUCUUAUCCUUAUGUUUAUGGUCUACUUAAAUCGUCCGAUGUCCUUAUGGGCCAAUGGUUUCUUUCAAAUCGGUUUGCCUUUAUUUACCAAGGUCAUUAAUCAAGCCUAUAGUUUGCUGGCAUUGCUGCUCAACAUGAACAAAUAGGAAAAGGAGUUCUACUCUAUAAAAGUGUCUCGUUUCUAUUUUGGAUUAGCCGAAAG